GAAUAUGCUACACAUAAAAUGGCCUGGAAGAAACGCUGGUUUAUCCUGCGGAGUGGCCGGAUGAGUGGCGACCCAGACGUUCUGGAAUACUACAAGAAUGAUCACUCCAAGAAGCCCUUGCGAAUCAUCAACUUGAACUUCUGUGAGCAGGUGGAUGCAGGCCUGACCUUCAACAAGAAGGAGCUGCAGGAUAGUUUUGUGUUUGAUAUCAAGACCAAUGAGCGCACUUUUUACCUGGUGGCUGAAACAGAGGAAGACAUGAAUAAGUGGGUCCAAAGCAUCUGCCAGAUCUGUGGCUUCAAUCAGGCUGAGGAGAGCACAGACUCCCUGAGAAACCUUUCCUCAGCCAGUCAUGGCCCCCGCUCUUCUCCAGCUGAGCUCAGCAGCUCCAGUCAACACCUGCUCCGAGAACGAAAGUCCUCAGCUCCCUCACACUCCAGCCAGCCCACUCUGUUCACAUUUGAGCCUCCAGUGUCAAACCAUAUGCAGCCUGCCUUGUCCACCAGUGCGCCACAGGAGUAUCUCUACCUGCACCAGUGCAUAAGCCGGAGGACAGAAAAUGCAAGGAGUGCCAGCUUUUCUCAAGGUACCCGGCAGAAGAGUGACACAGCCGUACAAAAACUUGCCCAGGGCAAUGGACACUGUAUUAACGGGGUCAGUGGUCAAGUCCAUGGCUUCUAUAGCCUUCCCAAGCCAAGCCGACACAAUACAGAAUUCAAAGACAGCAUGUAUGACCUCCCCCGUAGCCUGGCUUCACAUGGCCACAAAAAGGGCAGUCUCACAGGGUCAGAGACAGAUAAUGAGGACGUGUACACCUUCAAGACGCCCAGCAACACCCUGUGUCGGGAAUUUGGAGACCUUCUAGUGGACAAUUUGGAUGUUCCAACCACCCCUCUCUCAGCCUACCAGAUCCCUAGGACAUUCACACUGGACAAGAACCACAAUGCCAUGGCAGUGGCUACUCCUGGGGACUCAGCCAUAGCUCCUCCACCGCGACCCCCUAAGCCAAGUCAGGCAGAAAUACCUCGAUGGGGCAGCCCUCAGCAAAGACCUCCAGUCAGUGAAAACAGCAGAUCUGUUGCUGCCACCAUCCCCAGGCGCAAUACCCUCCCUGCAAUGGACAACAGCAGACUCCAUCGAGCUUCUUCUUGUGAGACCUAUGAGUACCCACCACGAGGUGGGGAGACUGCCGGCUGGUCUGCUGAAUCUCCAGGGAAGACUAUCGUGGGUCGAUCGGACAGUACCAGCUCUGAUGACAACUACGUGCCCAUGAACCCAGGUUCUUCUACACUGCUGGCUAUGGAACGAGCAGGGGACAAUUCCCAGAGUGUCUACAUCCCCAUGAGCCCAGGGCCUCAUCACUUUGACCCACUGGGCUACCCAUCCACAGCCCUUCCGACACACAGAGGCCCCAGUCGAGGAAGUGAGAUCCAGCCACCCCCUGUCAACCGCAACCUCAAACCUGACCGGAAAGCAAAGCCAACACCGCUUGAUUUAAGAAACAAUGCUGUCAUUGAUGAGCUCCCCUUCAAAUCACCUGUCACCAAGUCUUGGUCCAGGGUCAAUCACACCUUUAACUCCAGCUCCUCCCAGUACUGCCGUCCCAUCUCCACACAGAGCAUCACCAGCACAGACUCAGGAGACAGCGAGGAGAACUACGUCCCUAUGCAAAACCCAGUGUCUGCAUCCCCUGUUCCCAGUGGCACCAACAGCCCAGCCCCAAAGAAGAGUACUGGCAGUGUCGAUUAUCUGGCCCUGGACUUUCAGCCAGGCUCCCCAAGCCCCCAUCGCAAGCCAUCCACAUCAUCUGUCACAUCAGAUGAGAAGGUGGACUAUGUUCAAGUGGAUAAGGAGAAGACCCAAGCACUGCAGAACACCAUGCAGGAGUGGACAGAUGUGAGGCAGUCCUCAGAGCCUUCCAAGGGUGCCAAGCUGUGACAUGGGGAUCCCUGAGGUCAGCGAGGGGCCAGGAGACAGACACUCGGACCUGGCUCUUCCCUGCUGCCUCCUUCCAUCGCCUCCACGCCACCACUCUCAGCCUUCAAAGCACUCGAUCAGGGACCCUUCCCCUGGAGGUGAGGGCCUGAUGGAGACACUUCCUCUGCCACUCGAGGCCCACCGGUGACUUCUGUCAGUACUGGCUGUGCCUCCACCACCUUAGUUAGGAGCUAUUGCCAAAAAGCCUCCUGCUCGGGACCUGAUUGUCUGCUGGGACCAUUGGAAGGCAGGUUGUGGCCCUGAGCCAGGCUCAUACCUUGUAUCUGCUCACCACUCUACCCUCUUCCCUCCACCUGGGGCUGCUUCUCUUCAGCCCCAAAGAACGAGCCAGGGAGCUGAGGACCAGCAGACUAAAAUGGACAUGGACUCUUACAUCCCUGUUAUUCCUGGCAGGGGAAAAGCAAGCUGCCACAAGAAGAAAUGGUUGAGAAUGAAAGUCAAAGAUGGUGUGGUCUUGAUGGACAACGAAAUUAGGUUCCUAGACAUAGAAGGGUAGCUGAUAACCUGUAUGGGUCCCUCACUGUCAGCCUGAGGCCAUGUCAGGACUAUUACCGUGGAAUGGGAGAGGCAGAAGAAUGAAGGACCAACAGGAAGGGAAAAUUGAUAAUGACAAGCAGCAGGGCUUAGAGUGAAAGACAUUAUUGUAGUCAGGGCCUCUGAACCCUGGAGCUAGGGGACUCUACCACUCUGGGACAGGCAAGUCCUCUUCCCAGGCCCUGCUGGAGACAGAUGGAACAGAGUGGGAAUGCCAGUACAGUAGGGAGUAGGGAGGCUUGGAGGGAGGGAGGGGGAGAGGGGGAGAGAGAGAGAGAGAGAGA